AUGUCAUGUUUGGAUUUAUACAUAGAUUUGGAAGAUAUCACUCAAGAAGAAAGAGAAGCGAGUUUAGAAAAUGUGUCAUUUGGUGGUUUUCCAAGGGGGGAACGUGCUAGUACUUCUCGAAACCGUGAUGAAGAGAAGACACCUUUAUUUGCACAAGAUGACUAUCGGGAAGAGUCGGAUUCCGACUACAUAGCUCCAAGUGAAAGCGAAGAAGACUGUGAUGUCUCCGGAGAGAGUGAUUUUGAAGAAAGUGAUGAUGAAAUGUUGGAAAAUGAGGAAAGGGAUUGUAAUCCAUUGCCCCGACGCCAUGUAUAUAGUAAGAUGGGGAAAUGGGAUGCCUCAUGUGUGGACAAGGAUGAGUUUGCUCUUAAGAUGUGGGAUGAGACGCCCGAAGGAAUGGACAUUGGUGUUUGUUUCAAAUCUCAAUCAGAAGCAAAGCAUCCUAUGAAAUUAUGGAACAUCCAUCAUAAAAGGGAAUAUACGGUCGCCGCUAGUAGUCCAAGGAGGUGGGCUGUGCGGUGCAGAACAUUUAAUGUGGAAAGUGAGGAUGGUGAACCACCAUGUGAGUGGAAGAUGCGUGUGUCAUUGAAAGCUCACAGCCUUCAUAAAAUUGUGAGAUGGCAUGAUGCACAUAAUUGCAUGACUCCCGUGAAUGAUAAUGACAAUCGGUGUGUGGACGCAUCUUUGAUUGCUAGACUCAUCAGGAGAAAGGUUGAGGACAACGUAGAUUAUACGGUAGCCUCGGCACAGAAAGAUGUGAAGACCUUAUUGAAAGUAGAUGUGCCAUACAAAAGGGCGUGGCACAGGAGGAGGAAAGCCAUAGAAGUAGUCUAUGGUGAUUGGACCUCGAAUUUCGAAGAACUUUCACGGUAUAUCGCUGCACUUAAGUUUACUAAUCCUGAGACUGUAGUAGAGUGGGAAUGGAAGGAGGGACAAGAAGGUUGGAACAGGGGAAAUAGGACAUUUAAAUACGUCUUCUGGUCAUUUGCACCAAUGGCUGAGACAAAAGAACAAUUGUCUGCGAGAAAUUGCAUGACACCGAUCCCUCCUGAGUUAUGGAAAAAAUACGAGAAAAUGAACGACAAAGCAGCCUGUUUUGAAGCCACCCCUUUUGAUGGUGAUGAUGAUAUGUGGCGUGUUGUUACUGCAACACGCCUAAGUGGCAGGGGUGGGUCUUUGCAUACGGUGAACUACAAUGAACAUAGGAUUGAAAUGGUGACGCCGGCAUCGGGCUCGCAAUAUGACUAUCAACCUAAACAUCUUCACCCGGGACCUAUACAAGAUAAAAUGCUAUAUCGUCAAACAAAGCAUAGGUCCCAAGCUGUCUAUGAGAACAAGAUACCAGAUAUUAAAACAUUCCGCUUUAAGGGCCGUAGAUACGACAGUGAUUUUUGGGGGAUAUACAAAAAAACGACACUGGAGGUGGAUGGUGACCCGGUGUAUGGGACGACAGUUAGCCGGACUGCAGAUGAAUGGCGGGAUCAAUGUGAGGCUUAUUUGGGAUUCCGGCCAGCCCAAGUAAAUGGCCAAUGUGUCAAUGUUGGUAUUUUCGAAGAUGAGAUGGGCCCUGCACUACCUGAGAAUUCCACUGUCCAUCGUUUCAAGCAAAGGGCCAGGACACUUAUACUGCAUUUUAUUAGCAGUUCCAUGUUUCCUAAUAAGACGCAAAACACUGUCAAUCUGCAGUUCUUGGCCCAGGUUAAGGAUUUGGAUCAGUGUAGUCGAUACAGUUGGGGAUCAGCACUGCUGGCUGUACGUCGUCAUUGGAAUAGGAGAGAAGAGUACGUGCUACGAGAUUUGGAGGAAGGAGAUCCUGGUUCCGUAUAUGAGGGGUACUAUGAAUGGUUCAUGGUGAACACUGUUAGACUGAUAUCCGAUCCCGGUAAUUAUGAACCUCAAGGAUACGAGACUUCUUCGAGCUGCGUGAAAUUAUAUAGUGAAGUAUUGAACAACAUUCGCGUGAGUACCGAGAGGUUUAGAGAAAAACGAGAAGAUGAGAAUCUCCUAGAUGAAGAACUCGACAAGCAUUUGGACGAUAUCAUCAAUCAAACACAUGCUGCUUUAACCUUGGGCGCAAAUGAUGAGAUGGAGGUGGAGGAUACCCAAAUCCUGGUUGAUGAAGAUCCAUCAUUGCCCUCACAACCUCCGCCGGGUAAAAAAACAAAACCGUGGUCGAGAGAUAAGAUUGGAGGAGGAAGAAAGAGGAAGGUCACAAUCCCCCCUCGGACAUCGCAACAACAAACUGAGGGUCAACAAAAUGAGGAUCAAGCACAUUCUUCUCGAGGCUCGCGCAUCCAGGUCGAGACUCAUUUUGAAGACGCUGGUGGAACCGAGACUCAAUUUGACCUUGGUCGAUUCGAGACUCAGUUUGACCUUGGUGGACCCGAGACUCAGUUUGGUGGACAGUCGCAACCACAACCGGGAGUCAAAUUUCUCACCAUGGGGGAGUCCCAAUCCCAACCCCAACUCGAGGCUCAGUUUGGUGGACAGUCGCAACCACAAUAG